AAAGAAGAAGUAAAAAAGGGUCACCUCUCUUUAUUUCUCACCGUCUUUCUGCUUCAGUUCUCUUCAUCUUCCUUGCUCUAUCCUUAAACCCAUACUGAUCGGAGCUACAAACAGAUCAAUGGAUUUCAAUCUUGAAACCCCACUAGCGAAUUCCCAUGACUUUCACUUUGACACAAUCCCUUCUGAUCUCUUUCUCAUUGAGUCUGAUCACAUGCCUUCUAAUAACUACUUGAACACCCUCAAAGAGAUGGACUUCGAUGGCUCUUUCAGAAGAGAAGCUAUCUCUUCAGUCUUAAGGGUUUCUUGCAACUUCGAUCCAUCCUUGUCCUAUCUUGCUGUUAAUUACCUUGAUAGGCUCCUAUCAAGCCAAGGAAUUCCCCAACCAAAGCCAUGGCUCUUUAGGCUCCUUGCAGUUGCUUGUGUUUCUCUUGCAGCCAAAAUGAAGGAGGCAGAAUUCUAUAUUUCUGAUACUCAGGGUGAUGGUGGCUUUGUAUUUGACACACAAACGAUACAAAAGAUGGAGGUGCUGAUACUUGGGGCAUUAAACUGGAGAAUGAGAUCAAUCACUCCAUUCUCUUUCAUUUCUUACUUCAUUUCUUUGUUUAAACCUAAAGAUCCACCACUGAGGCAGGCUCUUAAAGCUAGAGCCAGUGAGAUCAUCUUCAAAGCUCAAAAUGAUAUCAAUCUCUUGGAAUUCAAGCCAUCAUUAAUUGCUGCAUCAGCACUUCUCUAUGCUUCUCAUGAACUUUUUCCUAUGCAGUUUUUAUGCUUUAGAAAAGCCAUAUCCAACUGUUCACAUGUAAAUAAGGAAAACUUGCUGCAAUGCUAUAAUGCAAUGCAAGAAAUAGCAAUGGAUGGAUACAGGUCGCAGUUUGACAUGGUGACAAGCUCUGAUACACCAGUUAAAGUGCUUGACCAGCAUUUUUCAAGCUCAGAAAGUGAAAAGACCAAUGGGACUAUUGAGACGAUAUCUACCAAUAGCAGCAACAAAAUCUGGGCUGAGAAAGAUAUCAAGAGAAGAAAGAUCAGUGCUUUCUGAAACAAUAAAACGGUUCAGCUUUCUCAGAUGCAACAACAGUGCUGAUGUGAGAAUUGAGAGUGUUUUUUCUUUUUUCCUUUAGAACUGGCUAAAUCUGAGGUCCAUCUGAGUGUGACCGUGGCUGCUACAAAUAACAAGGAUGAAAAUGAAGGAAAAGACUGUAAAAAGAGAAGAUUAAGUGUUGGGUUUAGAGACUUGUAGCUUGGGGGAGGUUGAUGUAUUAAAGAAAUUGCACUAUCCAUGGUGCAUGCUGCAUGAACUCACGCAAUGGAAUCUAUUAUCUUUGAUUA